AUGAUAAUUUUGUUUUUGUUCAUUCCUUUAACUCUAUGUACAGUACAAGACGAUAUUGGAUUACCAGCAGUACAGUUAACAACAGUGAGCUAUGAUGGUCAAAUGGAAAAUGUAGUGCCAGGAUCAUCCAAAAAAUUAACAGAAUAUCUUAUGAAUCGACAUAAUAUGAAUGCUCCUCCGGAUGGUCUUCUGGAUUUACAUUAUGAAAUGGAAUUAGUUCAUAUUUUGGGAAUUGAUGAACUCAAACAAACUAUGACAGUUCUUAUUUAUGUAGAAGAGAGAUGGACUGAUCCUUCUCUUGCUUGGGAUCCAGCGCUUUUUGGAGGAAUCCAGAAGACGUGGUUGCCAAUUGACAAAAUCUGGCUCCCAGAUAUCAUAAUAUUCAAUAUGGUUAAACCUUCCAGGCUGGAACACGAAGAUCUUCUUUCGUCGGUUCGAGCGCCAGUUCGAAUAUCCUCGAAUGGAACAAUCGUUGCCAGUCAUCCAGCAGUGCAUACAGUGUCUUGUGAAAUCAACAUCAGACACUUCCCUCUGGACGAUCAACGAUGUGCAUUACAAAUAGCCUCAUGGGCCUACGGAAAAGAGAAGAUCCGUCUUCAUGCGCACACAGAACAUUCACUUCAACAUUAUACUGAUAAUGAAGAAUGGAAAUUGUUGAAUAUUUCUGUUAAGGAGGAUACUUAUGAACACGAAGGAACUGAGGUUUCUGAAGUUAGCUUUGACGUGUCUGUCAAACGUCGUCCAUUAUUUUAUAUGGUAACAUUAACAUUUCCAUCAUACAUUAUGUGCUCAAUUUCUGUCGUUGGCCUUUUUGCCAGAUUUUCUACAACCGGAGAAAGAGAAGAACGGUUUACUCUAGGAGUGACAGCCAUUCUCACAAUGGCAGUCUUAUCACUUGUUGUUAGUGAGAAAGUACCUCAUAGUUCAACACAUGUGCCUUUAUUAGUUGCCUAUUUUCUGUUCAAUAUGAUAGUCGUCUCAAUCGCAGCCAUGACGACUGGAAUUGUCAUGAGAGUUCAUCGAAAAGGACGUUUCGGGAAAGAACCUCCAGAUUGGAUCCUUAAAUCUUUCUGUUUAAGACCAAUUAGAUCAAAGAAGCAAGGAAACGACGAACUUGGAUUGACGAAACCAUUGAUAAGUGACCAUUUAAAUGGCGACAUUGACUCAGAAAUUGCAUUAUCCAAACGAAUUCAUUCAUUGGAAGCUUUCGUCAAACGAUUGGCUAAUACUUGUGAAAAUUUACAGGGAGAAUUGGAUGAUUUUGAUAUGGAUGAUCCACACGGUCCAAGACGUCGACGCGAAAUGAACGGCUACGUCCGUAUAGCUGAACGUUUGGAUUUGUUAUUUAUGUUAUUUUUCCUCACUUUAGUAACGGUUCCAGUGAUUGUUCUAUUCUAUCUUAGUUAG